AGGUGGCAGUGAUAAUACCUCCGGUGCUUCUGCCCCAAGUGCACAGAGUUCAAAAUCAAAGAAAAGACCUUUGAAGAAAGAGAGUUCAGAUUCUGAAGGAGAGGGCCCAGCUCUAAAGAUUAAAAAUAGAGCUCCGGAGGAAGAAGAUGAGGAAACCAAGAGAAUUCGAGAUUUACAAGAAAGAGAUGAGUAUGUGGACAGGCUGCGCCAGCGAGAUGAAGAACGAACUAAAAAUGUGGCAGAAAAGGGCAACCAGAAAGCUUUUGAAGAGGCAGCCAAAAGACUACAAAUGGAAAAGGAGGACCGAGUGAAGAUUCUGCCAAAACUUAGAGUUGAGUCUCGUAGGAAGUAUCUUGAUAAGCGCAAGGAUGACAAACUGAAAGAGUUAGAAGAAAAUAUAAUUGAUGAUGAGUACCUCUUUGAUGAACAAACCCUUACUGAGAGAGAGAAGAAAGAGAGGGAAUAUAAGAAGACAGUUCUUCAGCUAGCCAAAGAUUAUGACAAGGUUAGGGAAGCUGAAAAUGUACAGCGAUAUGUCAUGCCAGAGGAAGGAGCCAGCGUAGAUGACAAAUAUGUAGAGGUAGAUGAAAGGGAAAAUAAGCAUGGAUUUGAGCAGAAAAAGUGGGAGGAAGACCAAAUGAGAGGUACCUCUCUCUCCUUUGGUGCAAAGGACAAAGCAGUUAAAUAUCAGGAGCAUGGGAAAGAAUACAAUCUUGUUUUGGAAGACGAAAUAGAAUUCAUCAAAUCCCUGCCUCUGGAAGGUACACGUAAGAAGAAACGCAAGAAGAAAAAGAAACUUGAGGAAGAAGAAUUAUCAAGCUCUUCAUCAGAAGAGGAGGAUGAAGAGGAACCCAAAGAGCCAGAACCUCAAAAGAGACAAAUGACUUUAGAUGAAGUGAGGAAAAGCCUCCCCGUUUAUCCUUUUAGAGAAGCCUUACUAGAUGCAAUUAAUGAACAUCAGGUUUUGAUCAUUGAAGGAGAAACAGGGUCAGGUAAAACUACACAGGUCCCUCAAUAUUUGUACGAGUCUGGCUUCUGUGAUGACGGUAAGAAAAUUGGCUGCACACAGCCCAGGAGAGUGGCUGCGAUGAGUGUCGCCUCUCGUGUAUCGCAGGAAAUGGGGAAGAAGCUUGGUAAUGAAGUUGGAUACAGCAUCAGGUUUGAAGACUGUACAAGUGAGCGAACAAGAAUCAAGUACAUGACUGAUGGUAUGUUGCUGAGAGAAUUCCUCAUGGAUCCUAGCUUAGAAGGUUAUAGUGUCAUGAUUAUCGACGAAGCUCAUGAAAGGACGCUCCACACUGACAUCCUGUUUGGUCUCUUGAAAGAUAUAACAAGGUUUCGCAGUGACCUGAAGCUUCUCAUCUCGAGUGCAACACUGGAUUCAGCAAAAUUCUCCGACUUCUUUGAUGAGGCUCCCAUCUUCCGUAUUCCUGGAAGACGCUAUCCUGUCCAUAUUUAUUACACAAAAAGCCCAGAAGCCAAUUACAUUGACUCUGCAGCUGUAACAGUAUUACAGAUCCAUAUAACUCAACACCUAGGUGAUAUACUUGUGUUUUUAACAGGUCAGGAGGAAAUUGAAGCUUGUCAGGAGAUACUGACCGAAAGAGUUAGGGCACUUGGUACUAAGAUUCGAGAGUUAAUUAUUUUACCAAUUUAUGCAAAUUUACCCUCUGAAAUGCAGGCAAAAAUCUUUGAGCCCACUCCUCCAGGUGCAAGGAAGGUAAUUUUGGCUACCAAUAUUGCUGAGACAUCUUUAACGAUAGAUGGCAUUGCGUAUGUCAUAGAUCCCGGUUAUUCUAAGCAGAAUUAUUUUAAUGCUAGAAGUGGAAUGGAAUCCCUGAUAGUUGUGCCAAUAUCUAGAGCUUCUGCUAACCAGAGGGCAGGAAGAGCUGGUAGAGUUGGUCCAGGAAAAUGUUUCAGACUUUAUACACAGUGGGCCUUUGAGAAUGAGAUGGAUGAAAAUACCAUCCCAGAAAUCCAGAGAGUGAAUCUAGGCAAUGUAGUUUUGCAGCUGAAGUCUCUAGGUAUCCAUGACCUCAUCAACUUUGAUUAUCUCGAUCCCCCUCCAGCGGAAAGUCUUAUUCUCGCACUGGAACAGCUUUAUGCCCUGAAGGCUUUAAACCACAAGGGAGAGCUCACUUCCUCUGGGAGGAAAAUGGCUGAACUUCCAGUUGAUCCUAUGAUGUCAAGGAUGAUUCUUGCAGGUGAUCAGUACAAAGUUGUUGAAGAAAUAUUAACUAUUGCAGCCAUGCUUUCAGUGAAUGGUUCCAUAUUCUACCGACCAAAAGACAAGGCCAUUCAUGCAGAUACUGCGCGCAAGAAUUUCUUCCACCCAGACGGGGACCACUUAACCUUGAUGAAUGUGUAUAUUGAGUGGGCAGGAACUGAAUACUCGUCGCAAUGGUGCUACGAAAACUUCAUUCAGUAUCGAUCACUGAAACGAGCCAGAGACAUUCGUGACCAGUUAGAAGGCUUGAUGGAGCGUGUGGAGGUGCCACUUUCAUCAAAUCCAGGGGAUUCUAUAAACAUAAGGAAAGCUAUUACCUGUGGCUAUUUUUAUCACAUUGCUAGGUUUAGUAAGGGAGGCAUGUAUAAAACUAUCAAGAAAAGCCAAACAGUAUUGUUACAUCCACAGUCAUGUUUGGUGGAAGAAUUACCAAGAUGGGUUUUGUAUCACGAGUUGGUUUUAACAACAAAAGAGUACAUGCGUAACAUCGUAACAAUUGAUGGAAAAUGGCUACUCGAAGUAGCGCCCCAUUAUUACCGGGACAAUGAAAUUCAGGAUUCAACCAAUAAAAAGAUGCCGAAGGUGGUUGGAAAGGCCAAAGAAGAUCUUGUAAAAGAAUAUAAUUAAUAUGUGAGGUUUCAGCACUUUGAAAAUAUUUUCAUUUUCAGGAAAGGUCAUCAUUGUUGUACUGUACUCUAUACUGUACUUUGCUUGUACAAAUUUUAAUUUUACUGGUAAUUUUGUGCAAUUCAGUGUACUUUUGUUAAAGUUUUAUUUAUAUUUUAACAUGUACAAAAACACUCAGAAUCCACAUUGUAAACACAUGGCUCUGUUUCAAAGUGUUCUUAAGUAUAUGUAGUGUUAAACUUUAAACUGUAAUUCCACACUAAGAGUAAUGCUAUUGGUUGGUGUACAUAUAAAGAAAAAAGCAAUGUCCUUUAUUAUUUACUACAGCCUUUUGAGUUUUGUAGCCUUCCAUAAUAGAAUUAUAUUAUACAUCAUUUCUUCUAUAAUGACGAUGUACAAUAUUGUAAUUAUCUCUUCACAAGCAUAUUUUUAUGGAAGAUUUCUAUUAAAAUAUUAAAGUAAA